UUUCAGCCAUGAACAGUUGCGAGAUCAAGUCGGAGGAGAGUGACUUUUUUCAAGAGUACAUGGACUUGGAGGAGUUCAUUGAUGCCUCAACGACCGAUGUUACGUCACCUGGGUCAAUACAAUCCCCGUUUGGGACAGAUACUUCUUCUUCGUGUCAAAUUCUUAAUGGUCAUGCAGAAUUGGAGACUGCCACAUCUGUCAACGGGCAACAUAGUUUACAAGGACGGCAAUUGGUCAACAAAGGCCUAAUUGGUAUGCAAGGAAUGCCCAAUUUAAACGACCUCUGCCCGAGAAAAUUCACUAGCUGCACCCGUCAAAACCUCACUGCGGAUAAACGAAAUACAGCAAAUACACUAGACUGCGAUUCAUCGUUUGAAAAUGGUGUGUUAAAAGAUAGGAGAUAUUGGGAUCGGAGAGAGAAAAAUAACAUUGCGGCAAAAAGAUCGCGCGAUGCAAAACGACUAAAAGAAACGACGGUUCUGAAACGAUGGACAGUGCUCGAGGAGGAAAAUAAACGGUUGAAAGAGCAAAUUUCGAACAUGAAAAGACGUUUACAUGCUGCAACUGGUGGGGAAAAUAAUCUUGCUGUCUAAUAGAUUAUUGAUUAAGAGUAGCUUUGGCUGAAGAUUCGUGGCAGAGGCUUAAGGCGGUUUUCCAGUCCUCGCACGAAGCUCCUCGCAGCUCGCUGCGAGUGCUUGCAUCUAAUUAAAAUGAACUGUUUAGCAUUGUGAUUGGAUGAAAGUGCUCAUGCAUCACUCGCAGCGAGCUGCGAGGAGCUUUGUGCGAGGACUGGAAAUCCGCCUUUACGCCGAAAUUGUGCUGUACUUUUGUAGAGUCCUAGCUGCUAGUGCUACCAGAGAUAUGUCCAGUGUAGGCACUGGAAGACUGCUUUAGAUUGGUAUUAACUAGCUUACCACCUGUUCAGUUGAUAAGCAGGUGCUAGCAGGUGCCUAUACCACCUGUGUCAAGUGAUGGCAACUGGUAGACUUAUCCGGGGUCUUAGUGUGUAGCCAUGUAUACGUGGUUCAAGCAAUAGCAACUAUUUUUUAUUCAAACAUUUUAUAAUGAAAACGAGUUUCUCUCAAGUGCGUACACACUCAUCUAGGGGGCUUAUUUAGUAUAGACGGCCGGCCAAGCUUGCAAAAAAUGAAGUUCGAUGGCAAUUCUUUGUUAAAAGCAAGUAACAUCGCUAAACACAUGGGACUAUGCAUACUUAUAAUGGUUUGGGGUGUUACCAGGCUUAAUUCGCAGUUUAAGUGCUAAAAUUGAAGCAUUUUUGACCACAGGUAAACCCGCUUUGUUAUGAUGUUGAAAUAUAUUGAAAUCUACAAAGUUCUUUUUCCCUGUUGCCAUGCAACAAAUAGACCAUUCUCAUUGGCUGUUACUAAUUAGUCUCGUCCGCCCAUUGGUUAAGAACACCGGAAAUUGCAUGUGCGAUACGGCUGAAGCGCAGACUGAAGUGUAAAUAAAUACAUAAAUAUAAUUCUUGACAAAAUACGGAGAUUUAAACCAAUAAGUUUGAUUUUUACUUAUAUUUCUGCUUUAUUAAUACACAUUUAUACAUACUCCUAGCUGUAAGGUUUCUUACAUCCUAGGGCAUCACAGGAACAUCCCAGGAGUGCAACGCUGACUAGUUUUAUAGGGUUUACAAGCACCCGUAUGGCAUUUUUUAAUGCAACCACAAUUAAGAUAUCAAAUUUUACAUGAAGACGGUAUAGACGGAUUUCAACAUCCAGAAUCUGGAUGUUAUGCUGAUUGGCUAAGAGACGAUAAAACGCAUCAUGUGAUUCAAACCGGAAAUAUAUGACCGGCGUAUGUAAACACCAAAAAUAGAAUUUGUAAUUUUGUCAAUAUACUGUUAAGAGUGCUUUAUUUCUGAAAUUUAUUUUCAAUUAAUUCAGCCUAAAAAUGACAAAAUAAGUACGAAAAGACGUUGAAAACGCUUUUGCAGCAACAUUUUACUCGGUAUAAAACUAAAACUACAUAGCUGUAGUAGAAAGCGUGUCUAAAUAUCUCGCCGUAAUAGUCGCCGUAGAACGAAAAUAUGUGGUGUCGGAAAUUUUCAAAUAUUUAGUUCCAAAAAGCUGAAGCCUUAUUUAUCAGUUUAUUGCCGAGCUGUUUUCCAAGACCUGCAAGGAUAUAGUAGUCAGCUCGCUCGAACUAAUAUGCCAACAUCAGGCAGAAAUUGA